AAUAAGUAAUGUUUUUAAUAUUGUCCGUUUUAUUUCUUGUCUUUCUUAUCUGAAUAUUGUUUUGAAACUAACAGUUUGGGUUCCUCAAAAAUAAGUAAUUAACUUGACGAUCUGUGCUCAAUUACCAGAGGAUUAAUACCAACAGGUUUUUGUGCAACAAGAUUCACUUAACAACAUCCAGCAUCUUAAGCACUUACUGUGCUAUGUUUCGAAGUUAAAAGACUAAUGGCCGAACUGAAAGUGCUGCCUAAUGGAUUAAAAUACUUUUGCUAUAUCUUACAUUAUGGUUCACACUUUCAAAAACACACUAACGAGGACGAAGCUACUGACGCAGAAAAUAAAGCGAUUUUCAUUCUAGAAAAACUAAAACAGUUUGGAUAUGUUAGCAACUACUUGGCUAUCCGUGAUGGCUUUGCUGGGGCUUCUAUAUUUGAGGAGCAUUUUGAUGCACUCGAAAAUUCUCUAUUUACCGUAAUACUUUUAACGCCUGCUUUCUUGAGAAAUUCUUGGGACACUUAUUGCCAAAAUUCAGCCUUCUAUGAGCUUUUGCAAGAUGGGCAAAGUUAUCGUCUGCUACCUAUCGCCAUUGGAAUCGAGAAGGGUCAAGUGCCAAGGGAGCUGAAUAUUAAACGAGUGCUGUUCUUAAAUACGAAUCGAUGGAAAACUGACGACAAAUCCUGGGCUAAGCUGAAUCGCGCACUGGUGUCUGGGAUAGAUAACUACAACAGCAGGAACCCAGCAACAGAUUGUUUAAGCAUCAUGAUCGAGAGCAGCAUGCCCGAAAUUAGAAUUGGGAUUUCUGAUUAUGUCAGAGUGGAUGACGGGGUGGCAGAAUCAUGUCAGGGUGCCAUGGCUGACCAAGGACCCAGCAGUCAAACACAUCUGAAAGAAGUGGACGUCCCUGCAAAAUCAGACGAAGGUCUAGAAACAAUGAGCAGUCUCGGUUCAAUGUUGUCGUCUGGUUUCAGUAGACUGGUAUCGUCCUUCCUCAGAUCAACUUCCGUGGAGAACGCUGCCGAACAGGCGGAUCAGCUACCACGUUCAGAUGAUUCAAGAACAGAUUCGAGCCUUCGAUUAAAUGUCGUCAGAACGACAUGUUAUCUACUCAGUAAACCUGAUCAGCCAUUUUUAUACUGAGCAGACAAGUGCUUGCGAAACACAGGAACUGGACUAUAAACAAUUUGGGGUUGACGUGCGUGUCUGUGUCUGUAUCUGUAAUUCUGUUGCUGUGGUCUAUUUCGUGUUUGAAGGGUGAUGGGGUUACAAAAUGAUUUUAUCUAAUUAUAUAUUUAUAUAUUUUAUAAUAAGAAAUAGCGAUAAAAUAAGCCUCGGUAGUGUUAUAAGGUCCCAAAACGUGUGUGUAUGUGUGUGUGUGUGUGAGAGAGAGAGAGAGAGAGAGAGAGAGAGAGAGAGAGAGAGAGAGAGAGAGAGAGAGA